AUGCCCUUCGGCCCGAAAGCAGUCUUCCAUAACAAGAGCCAUCUCAUCCGCUGCCUUCGUCGAUUGGACUCGACGGAAGGCACCUCGAAGCUCGACGCACAGAAGAGCGCAGUCAAGGUCCAUCUCUCAUCGAUCCGUGCGGAUGACACCCGUUCGGGAACCCCCUCGGGCCACCCCUUGAGGCGCACCUCGAGGCACCCUUGUUCUCCGACCACGGGAGGGAAGGACGUGCGAACGGCUCCAUGCUUCGACGAGCCUCAGUUCCACCUGGUCCUUGCGAUGGAGUCUCGGAAAGACCUCACCUUUCGGCACGGAAAGACUAGGAAAGGCCUCACCCUUCGGCACGGAGAGAUUCGGCUCUACCCCUCGCGGAACACGGGAACUCGGUGGACUGCGAAGCAGACUCGAGCUGGGGAGGACACGCGAAAGGACACGGCUCGUUCUUGCCAGAAUACCCAGGGUGCCUUUUUCACUGAACUUUUCAAAAGUUCCUGGACAAGACUGAGUCAGGAAUUCUUUGAAGAAAAUUAUGGAGAAGAUUUUGGUUCUGAAAAUACAUGGGUGCAUCUCCGUUACCUGCUAGAGAGCCUCAGCAAGAGUAACCUGGACAGAUCCUAUUUCCAAACAGAGAAUGUCUUUGACUGUUUCCGUGAUGCAUUGGCAGCUGUGUGGAAUUACCGAAUCCAUGGCACAGAUGUCAACAAGAAGGAGAUGAUGGACAAUGUCUUUUCCCUGGUUUCCCUUCUUUUGUCUCACCUGAGUGGCAACUCACCAAGUGGUCAGGAACUGGCCUCUACCUCCUCAUGCAUGGAAUACCUCAUCCUUGAAUACAAUGACAUCUCUAAUGCAGUGACAAAUGCUCAUGUUCAAAAGAGGCUCUUUGCUGUUACAGCUGCUUUAGUCAGUCUGCUCUCAAACCCAAGGAAUCCAAGAAACCAAGGAAAGUGUGAUAGCAUUAUCAGAUCAGUCAGACGUCUUGUGUCCUGUGAGGAGUGGCUUUAUGCAGUGAGGAGAGAAAUCUACAACUCAGCUGUGGACCUCAUUCCACAGCUAUUCCAUUUCACCCUCUUUCUACUAUAUGCCCUCCUUGAUGACUGCCCACCAAAUCAAGUCCUCUUUGCCCAAUCAUGUUCUGGAUAUCACUGCUUACUCAGGAUGAUGAAGACAUUCUUACAUCGAGAGGAGAUGGCUGACUGGGCAAGGGAGAGCCUACACUUGGUCCUGCGACUCUUCCUCAUGCUUCUUGAAAAGGACAUCCCCCUUCAUACACCCCAUUUGGGGCUUGAGAUCACUGCAUCAUUGCGAGAUCUCAUCAUCCCCUGCUCCUACACACGGCCAACCAUCCCAUAUCUUCAAACUGUUUCCCUGGGAAUUCAUUGCAUGUGGGAAUUGGGGAAGAGGAACCGGGAUUAUGUCCUCUUGAAGGUCAUUCCUCCAUUGCUUAUCAAGCUCUACAAGUUCCCUCUCUGUCAACCCCUGAAGCCAACUCUGAAGCUCAUAUUCAACAUCCAUAAAGGAAGGAAGAUAGGAAGAGAAGAAGCAUCACAGUCUCGGGAUGCCCUGGCAGAGACAGGUCCACCACUGACUUGGCCGCAGCCCCCUCCUGCUGACUUUCUCCAUCUCCCUCUUAGUCACAGUUCUCAAGAGGGCUUUGUGGUGCUGCAAUCUGAUUCCUCAUCAGAGGAGAUUGACCUUCCUAGUUGGAGUGGGUUGGUGAAAUCAAACAAUGCACAGACAGACAAUGAGGAUGUGGAAGAUGGUACGAGUCAAGAAGAAAUGUGUCAUGAAGAUGCAAGUCAAGAAAUUUGUUUGAAUUGGACUGAGCACAAAAGUGAAGGUGCACUGAGUCAGAACCACAAAAGGAGUCCAGGAAAAGACAGGAGUCAAGAAGGAGGAAGGAGUGAAGAUGAGCUGUCUCGAGAAGCCAAGAGGCACAAAGAUGAACGAAGUCAAAAACAUUUAAUGAGUAAGAAACCUAGGAGUCAAGAAGGUGCACUGAGUCACAAACACAAAGCGAGUCAAGAAGACAAGCCAAGUGAAGAUGUGGCAUACAGAGUCAUGCAAUGGAAGGAAGGGGAGUGCUCAAUCAGGACAUCCAUCUUUGUGCAGCAUUCCAUGACAUCUGAUUCAGAUGCCAUGGAAUGCUACCCAGAUGAGGUGUCUAGGAGAGAACCCAUGGAAGAAAGCGAGAACUUUGAUCCAGAAAUGUUGCCACUUGCAUCCUUGUCAGCUGAGGUGCCAUCAGUGUCACUUGAACUCCCGAGUGCUUUACCUUCGAGCGAGUCAAACCCAGUCUCCCGAGAGGGAGAGAGUGCAAGUGCAAGAAUGGACAAAGUCAAAGAGUCAUCUGCAUCUUCAUCCAUCUCCUCUUCUGUUCUUGUUGACCAUCUCAAACAAGCCAUUGCUAUUUACUCAAAGAAGCCCAGCGAAGAAGAGCCAAUGAAGUUCUCCCCACAACCCAGCGAGGAGGACCCUGUCAUUGCCAAUGUGCCAAAUCCAGAAACCCAGUCAACCCCUGUUUCAUCCUCAAUUUUCACACUUGAUCUGGCCUCAUCCCCUGAUACCUGCCCACAAAACCCUUCUACUCACUAA